UCAUAUACUCUGAAUAAUUCCUAACUCAAAUUUAUCUCUCCAUAGUCCAUAUCAAAGCUUUAAACCAACAUUUUCUCUGUCUACUUUAGCAUUAAUCGGAAAAUAUGGAUGUCUACGGACGGUUAACGCCAGAAGUGUUUCGAAUUGAUGAUUUUCUUGAUUUCUCAAACGAAGAAGACAUCUUUUCCUCCUCUAAAACCGCCAUCGAUUUUGAUCUCAAUCACCAUUAUCAACCACCUCCUACCGACAGCUUUGCUGGUACCGGUUGUUACUACCAUGCUCCUCCCGACUCCGUUGACUUCACCGAUAAACUCUGCGUUCCGAGUGAUGAUGUAGCAGAAUUGGAGUGGUUAUCGAACUUCGUGGAAGAUUCAUCCAAUAAUUUCCCUUCAAACAACUUAACACAAACCAUGUACCACCUCAAUAAUACCAAUACAAUAUUGCACAGCAAAUCAAGAAGUAAACGUUCACGUAAUUCAAACAGUACUAGCUGGAAUACUUCCUCACUCCAACGACACAAAUCCGCAAACCAAAAAAACUCCAAUCAAGACGAAAAUUCAGGAGAUUAUAACAGUAACAAGUUUUCAAAUAUCUCAAAAAUUAUUACAUCGCGAAAAUGCACCCAUUGUGCAUCAGAGAAAACACCGCAGUGGCGAACAGGUCCAUUGGGCCCAAAAACACUGUGUAAUGCUUGUGGUGUAAGGUACAAAUCGGGCCGAUUGGUACCUGAAUAUCGACCCGCGGCAAGUCCGACUUUUGUGUUGACACAACAUUCGAAUUCUCACAGGAAAGUAAUGGAACUCCGGCGACAGAAAGAGAUUAUUGAUCAACAGCAGCAGCACGGAAUGUAUGGACAUCACUAUCCGGUAUGCUGAUGUCAUUGUAUGCCACGUGUUCAAGCCAACGUGGAUGCUUUUUUUUUCUUCUAAUUUUGUUGCUUAUUUAAAGGUAUUUGAGAUUGUCACUUUCACGAAUGUUUUUUUAAAAAAAACAUUUAGUGUUCCAUGUCUUAUGUAUUAAAACUUAUAGUUAAUGC